AUUCAGCUGUCCUAACGUCAAAGCUCAGACACUCCCUUGCGUGUCUCCCUCUUAAACUCCCCCAUUCCUCUCUCUCCCUUGUUCCUUUCCUCUGUUUCUGCUCUGUUUCUGGGACAUUUCAAACAAGGAUCAAGAAACCCAAUCUCUCUCUUCUCUUAGAAAGGAAUCAUGGUGUUUGGAAAAGGGUCAAUGAAAAAAUCGAACCUUGACAGGUUCCUUCAUUGCACAACACCUGUAGUGCCACCCCAAUCUCUCCCCAAGACAGAGAUUAGGAGUUUGAAUAUGAUUUGGCAUCACUUAGAGAGAGAAAAUGUAGAGUAUUUCAGAUUGAGUGAUCUAUGGGAUUGCUACGAUGAAUGGAGCGCUUAUGGAGCUGGUGUUCCCAUUCGCCUCACUAAUGGAGAAUCUCUUGUUCAAUACUAUGUUCCUUACCUCUCUGCUAUCCAGAUCUUUACCUCUCGUUCUUCCUUGAUCCACUUAAGGGAAGAGUCUGAAGAUGGGGAAAGCUCGUUUAGUGACUCAUAUAGUGAGGAGAGUGAGAGUGAUAAGCUUUCAAGAAGUGCUGCUUCUGAUGAAGGACUUGAGCAUGACGCUCUUUUGCAUCCCAAUGAUCGUUUGGGCUAUCUUUAUAUGCAACACUUUGAGAGAUCAGCUCCUUAUGCUCGCGUUCCUCUCAUGGAUAAGAUCAAUGAGUUGGCUCAAAGGUACCCUGGAUUGAUGUCGCUGAGAAGCGUAGAUCUUUCCCCGGCAAGUUGGAUGGCUGUAGCGUGGUACCCUAUUUACCAUAUACCAAUGGGAAGAACCAUCAAAGAUUUGUCUACUUGUUUCCUCACUUAUCACACUCUUUCAUCUUCUUUCCAAGAUAUGGAGCCAGAAGAAAAUGGUGGGGAGAAGGAGAGGACUCGGAAGGAAGGAGAAGGUGUAACUUUGCUUCCUUUCGGGUUAGCCACUUACAAGAUGCAAGGAAAUGUUUGGCUCUCGGAAAAUGAUCAAGGUCAAGAUCAAGAGCGAGUUAUAUCUCUUCUUAGUGUUGCUGAUUCUUGGCUGAAACAGCUAAGAGUCCAACACCAUGACUUCAACUACUUCUCAAGAAUGGCUCACCGUGGCUAAACAAAUCCAUCACUAAACGGAUAAUUUGCAACUUUAGAUGUUUAAAAAAAAACAUCACAUCAUUUUGUUUUUCUUUUUGUUCUUAAGUGAAUAGGAGAUUACAUUUUCCCUGGCCGUAACAACCAGUGGUUGGAGCAGCAGUGGCUGUGGCAAGGAGGCUCAAACCGCUCAGUGAGCGUUUUCUUAAUGCAAUUAAAGUGGUUGUUGCAUUUUGGGUGUAGUAUAGCUUUUGAGUCCUAUGUUCCGAUCUAUGGGAAGAUCUAGUAUAUUAUAAAGUGUUGAUGUGUCGAAAAGAGUGUUUUCUUGUUUCUUGAUAACAUUUAUUGAGAGGGUCUUGUUCUUGUACCUCAGUAACAGUAAAUAUAACGAUCUAAUCAUCUUUGCAA